AUGUCCGAGUACCGAAAACUCGCCCGCCUGGCGGCGCGCGCGAUAUACAAACAAACCUACGCCUUGGAACGGAAAAAAGCGUCGCAACGCGACUUUGACAGCGCCAAGCAACACGCGAAAGCCGGCGGCGGUUUAGGAAGACCAUCGUCGCACUUUGGACGAACGCAACAAGAGUUCCCGGGUGUAGUCGAGAUCGUCGUCGACGCGCUCACCCGACGCCAGUGGAUCCGAGAGGACGAUUUAGCCGCCGCGUUAAAGCUCAAUCCGAAACAACUGCGACGAGUACUCAGACACUUGGAAACUCUGCGCGUUUUAAAACGAUCGCACGUGAAAGAAAGACAAGCUUUGAAAGAGCAAAGAUUGGUGGAACGAGCAGGUAUGAGCGAACGAGAAGCGAGCGAAGCGGUGGAGAAGAAAACCGCGAGUUGGUGCUGCUUGGAGUACAGUCGGAUCGUGGAUACUUUGAGGUUUGGCUUGAAAGGGGUGAAAGCAGAGCUCGAGCGGUUACUCGCCGGUGGGACGUUUGAAGAGUCGUACGCGUGUAAGAACAAAGAGGAGUGCGGGAAGCGGUUUAGCGCUUUAGAUACCGCGAGGUUGUUCGAUGUGAAACGAGGCGGGUUUGUGUGCGAUACUUGCGGGACAGACGUCGUGAGAGAAGGGGAAGAGAACGAUGAUGAGGAGGAUGGGAACGACGACCAAGCAAACGCAUCGAGUGGAGGCAUCGCGAAAGAAUCGAAACAAGCGUUAAAAUUGAGAAUGAAGAAAUUUUCCGAUCAAAUCGCCGGCAUUGAACGCCAAAUCGCCAAGUGUCUGCGGUAUCCUGCGCCGUCGUUCGGGACGUUGCAAGAGUACGUGGUCGCGAAAAAACGGUCGAAAGAAGCGAGAGAAGCCGCCGCGAUGGGACAAGCUGGUGGUCAAGGGUAUUGGGGGUCCAUCGGCGUCGCUCGAGGGACGCAAGCGUUUGAGCAGAGAUUGGAAGAGACGACGUUUGAGAUUCAAAUCGGCGGCGAGAACGGCGACAAAACGACGAAUCGAGGUGGAGACGACGGUCAAGAGAAAAAAGAAAUGCCGGAAUGGAUCACGAGAGAGUUGCAAGUGGACGAACAAGGUAAAGAUGCAAAGAAACGGAAAAUUGAAGGCGCGGAUGCCGCCGAAAAGGAAGAGACGACGGAUGCGGUGCAAGAGCAAUACGCGAAGGCGUUAUUGGCGGCGUUGCAAGCGCAGCAAAGAGAUACGACCGAACAAGCAAAGGCGAAAGUAGAAGACGAGCGCGAGAAAGAGGAAGGGUUAGUGGCGGCGGCGCGACAAGAAGGUGGAGACGUGGAGAUGAAACCGGCAGCCGGGGAGAAGGAGGAGGAAGAAGAAGAGGAAGAGUGGGAGGAAGCGUAA